GUAUGUCUACUAUACCUCAUUCUGAAUCGAUUUCUCCGAAAGUAAGAAUCAUGCGACCAUCAAAACAAAAAUUUAAUAUUACUUUUAAAGAAUUUGCAAAACAUUGUGAGCGCCUCCAAUUAAAUUAAGUAUCAGAAAUCAUAAAACAAAUUAAAUUAAUUCCAACAGCUUCUCCUAAUGAAAUUUAGGAUUUUUUCAACUCAAAUAAAAUAGUAGGAAAUAUUAACAAUAUUGCAACAAAUUUUGAUUUUCUUCCAGCAGAAUAUUAAUCAAUUCUAAUUUCCAAAAACAUAACAUCACCUACUCCUAUAUAACAAGCAAUCAUACCUUUAAUAUUAGAAGGAAGAGAUGUGAUUGCCAUAGCUGAAACAGGAUCUGGAAAAACAUUAGCAUAUGCAUUACCAGGAAUAAUUCAUUCUCAAGCAUAACCAAAAGUACUUGGACCAAGAAUUUUAGUACUUGCUCCAACAAGAGAAUUGGCUUAAUAGAUUUAAUCUUAAUAUGAACUUUUUACAAGGACUUGUUGUGUUUAUGGAGGAGUCUAUAAGAAUUUAUAAUUUAGUGAAAUAAUGGGGAUUAAAGAAUCAAGAAAUAAGAUUAAUCUGCCUUCUGUAAUAAUUGGUACUCCUGGAAGAUUAUUAGAUUUUAUGAAAGAUGGUUUGCCUUUAAAUUCAAUCACUUAAGUAGUAUUGGAUGAAGCUGAUAGAAUGUUAGAUAUGGGAUUUGAGGAAUAAAUUUAAACAGUUCUAUAAGGAAUUAGAGAAGAUAGAUAAACUUUAUUUUUUAGUGCCACUUGGCCAAAUGAAGUUUAAAGAUUGGCUAAUUCAUUAUGUAUUUAAGAUCCUAUUUUAUUAUAAAUUGGUGAAUAAGGAUUGUCAGUAAAUAAAAAUAUUUAGUAAGAAAUUAUAAUAGUUUAUGAAAAUAAAUUUGAACAAUUUGUUGAAUUGACAGAAAGAUUAAAAGGAUAAAAGUUAUUAAUUUUUUGUUAAAAGAAGAUUGAUACAUAGAAAUUAGAAUAUCGUUUAUCUUAACAUGGAUUAAAGGCUAGAUAUUUACAUGGAAAUUUAAAACAAGUUGAAAGAGAUUAUAUUAUGGAAGAUUUUAAGACAGGAACAAUUAAUUGUUUGAUCACAACUAAUUUAGCAUCUAGAGGUUUGGAUGUUUCUGAUGUUGAUGUUGUAGUAAGUAUAUUCAUAUGAUUUUUAGAUUAAUUAUGAUUUCCCAGAUAAAAUUGAAGAUUAUAUUCAUAGAAUUGGUAGAACUGGCAGAGCUGGCAAAAAAGGAUUGGCCAUUAGUUUUUUAGAACCAUGCUUUAUUAAUAAUAGGCUUAAAAAUGAUUUGGUGUAAGUUCUUUAACAAUCUAAUUAAGUUAUACCCUAAGAAUUAUUUAACUUAAGGUUAUGA